AUGGCUCUGGUCAAAGCAUGGAAGACGUAUGGGAACACAGAGAUAGGAGGUCAUGCGACGGUGCAGCUAGGCGACAAGCACACCCAGAACGACAUCCAUCUUGCUUCUGUGAACACACUCCAGAUCUUUGCCAUAAAUAAUGAGCUGGAUUUGUCACAAAUCGUCGAUGCCGCUAGGAGAAAGCGCCUACGCGACACCGACGAACACGAUGGAAGAUGUAGCUGUCCUGCGAAACGUGCGCGCAAGGAGGACUUUCUCAUGAUAGGAAACGACACGACCAGAAAGGACUAUGACCACAACAUGAGUCUGGUGCCAGAAGCAUUACCGACGGCACAACCCAUAGAUAAACAGGAAUACCUGGAACUCGAUUGUGUGGUAUCUCAACUGCCAGAUCACGAUGGACUCGACGAAAACAUCGAAGAGCUUCCCUAUACGUCCAAGCAAGCGGUGGUGUUAGCUCAAGAUCUGCAGCCGAUACUGUCGCAGCAAACAAAGUCAACUUUGCAGGAAAUAUACCACCUAGCAACAGCUCGUGUCUCAGACAAACAACCUUCAACGGAUCAGAAGCUACACUUUCCGAAACUGCUCGCAGAUUUUGUUAAAAGAGUCCUACAAUUUCAUGCACCGCAGCAAGAGUUUGAUGUCGCUCCGGUCAAGUGCCAUGACACCCAGCUCACGACUAAGACUGCGAGCGGACCGCUACAGGAUAUGGCAGCGGCCUUCGUUGCCAUAUUGUCCUUCUUAGCAUGCGACCAUAAUGGCAGUAACGACUCUUCGAAAGCGCUGAUCUCAGCUCAAAAUGGACGUAAGAUACCUCUCACCGGAGCCCUCAUUGCCUUUGCUGUGGCUCGAUAUUUGUGCUUUCCUCAAAUGGCUCGAGCAAUAUCAGAGUUGAGCGGCGAUUGUCUCGUCUUGGAGGAUGCUUUUCGCGUCGAGCAAAGGAUUCCAAUGUCGCAUUGUGAAAACUUCUCCCUGCUCAAGGCCCUGCUUACUCACCGCCUAGCAGGGUCUACUGCGGAAGCAUUCUUAGACGCUACUCAAUUCAACUUGGCCCUUGGAAGCCGUAGUGGGCCUCUUAUCCACAAUAACGACUGGUCAGUCAAAGGACGGAUCACUAAGAAGCAUCGUGUGGUCAUGGCUGUUUAUCUUAAGAAAAGUGAUAUCAAGUGUAUGGACUGUCAGAGUGACCUAGUCAUGAAAGAUACCGGAGAGUUCUUUUGUAGAGGCUAUCCAUGUGGUCGGUACUUCCGAAAUUGUGCAUCGCUGAGCUAUUUAGCUGCCUUUGCCAAGAAGAAACAGGCUACUAGGAUACCAGCCUCUGCCCUGUCACUAUCACAGCCGACUGGUGGCAAGGAGGGGUCGAGACCGAGUCCUAGAAUUCAAGAAGUUGAAGAGGAGGAAGAAGAUAGCUUUGACCUCGAUGGUCUGAAGAACAUCGACCUUCGAAUACUGCCACGUCGUCCCGUAAAGCGACAGCCGAUAUCAGUCGAGAGUGAAGUCGAAUCAACAAAUCAAGCAUCGAAUUUAAGCGGUGACUGGUCCGAAACAGAAGUUGAACUCUUCUAUGAUGCGGUUGCUCGUGCUGGACUCGACUUCGAUCAAUUGGCUCAACUUUUCGGAACGAAAACUCCGUUGACGAUCCACGAAUACUUCACUCGCCUGAUUAAUAGUAGUAGAGAGGAGUUUCACAAAGUCGCAGACAUCUCAAACAACCACAUAUUAGGAGAGCUGAAGCAGAGUCCACCUGGUAACGGAUCUAGCAACAAGCGAGAUGGUUUAGGAAGUUGUCGAGUUUGUAUCAGCAUGUCGAGAGUCCUUGUUGUGACGCAGAUAUUGGUAGUGGUUUGGUGA